AUGGCAGGAAAAGCUGCUAAGCCAGAGGGCUGGUUUGGACUGAGUAUCCACGAGGCCAGGCUGAUUAUCCUUGGUGUGAUGUGCGCUGAUUCCUCCGGCAAGCCCGAUUACGAGAAGAUAGCAAUCAAAGGCGGUUACAAAAAUGCCGCCUCUGCAAUGACUGUCUAUCGCAAUGCUAAGCGCCGUCUUUCCGAUAUCCAAGCCGACUGCUUUGGACCUGCUGGCAAUGCCGAUGGCUCGGUUCCUGCGACCCCGCUCAAGACUCCAACCAAGCGCAAGAGGGGCAAAGCAGCGGAUGCCACCCCCGAUGAUACCCUUGUCACCCCCAGCGGUUCCACCCUCGCCGAGCCUGCUGUGAUCCCGAAGCCUAAGCGCGUCAGAAAGACCCCGGCUAAGAAGACUGCGCCUCCCAUGGUCACCCCCAAGGUGGAGGAAAGCGACAGCGAUGGAGACGGUACUCUUAAACUAGAUUCUCUCCCUCCCGCACAGACUACCGCGGAAGGUGACGAGGAUUAUGCCUUAUACUACCGGCUUAAGCAAGAGCAGUCUACUUUGUCUGAUGUGGAAGAGGAAACUGCAGCUGAUCUUGGCGAUGCGCCGAAAGAGCAGAUCACUUCGUCAGACGUUGAGGAGGCGUUAGCGGAGUUUGACGUGUCAGCCGAGAUGGACGCGAUGGAACCAGCCAAUGUCCACAUCAAGAACGAGCACUAA